AUGUCUCGACGGAUCUCCUCUUAUGUUACUCCUAUGUUCCUUGAUUCUGGUCUUGAGCUGCCUUUUGAGACGUUAAAAGAUGAACAUACCUACACCCGCCUAAUUAAAAAUCCGUCAACGACCUUGGAAAAAGAUACUAAUUCCUUACUUAAGGGUUGGCUAAAAAAGAAGCAUAUUAGCAAAGAAACAUAUCUUGCAUUACAUUGUAGUGAUACAUCUUUACCAAAGGCUUACGGCCUCCCUAAAAUCCACAAAAAAGAUGUUCCGCUCAGAAUCAUUGUUUCCUCUGUAAAUUCUGCCGUUAAUCCGUUAGCCACGUUUCUACAUGAAAUCAUUUCCAAAAGCACUACUCCCACCAACAGCCAUGUUACCAAUAGCUUUGAUCUGUACAAAACACUCACGGGGAAAGAAAUUGGGGAAUCAGAUAAUUUGAUCUCCUUAGAUGUAAUUUCGCUUUUCACAAAUGUUCCGGUCGAUUUGGCAUUAGACGGAAUCAGCAGUAGGUGGAAUGAGAUUGAAAAGAACACAACGAUUCCAUUUGAAGAAUUCAUGUCCGCGAUUAAGUUUGUUUUGACUUCUACUUUUUUUACCUUUAAUGACGUCAUAUACAAGCAAACUUAUGGUACCCCUACGGGCUCAUCUUCAUCACCGGUGAUUGCUGAAUUGGUUAUGCGAGAUCUUGAAAAUAAAGCGCUAGGUGCGAUCAAUUUGGAAUUACCAUUCUACUAUCGUUAUGUAGAUGACAUUAUUUUAGCGGCACCUUCUACCUGUAUAAGCAAAAUUCUCGAUGUAUUCAAUAGUUUGCAUCCGCGCCUUCAAUUUACGGUUGAAUAUGAAAAUAACCGUUCUUUGAGUUUUUUGGACCUUUUGCUGAGGGUCGUGGACAACAGAGUGGUCGUCGAUUGGUAUCAUAAAAGCACAUUUUCAGGCAGAUAUCUUUCCUUCUUCUCGAACCACCCUAUGUGUCACAAAAUCGGCACAAUAUACGGACUGGUAGAUAGAGCCAUCAUGUUGUCCCACCCAUCCUAUCAGCAGAAGAACUUAGAGUUUUGUGUCGGGCUUCUUCUCGACAAUGGCUAUCCGUUGGAGCUAAUUUUCAAAACUAUAAACAGUCGGUUGAAGAAUAUCGAGAGAAGUCUGACACAUGAUGCGGAUUGCGGGACUAACAGUAAUUCUACACCCCAAGAUCGCGAAAAUAAGUUUGCCGUAAUACCAUUCAUACGAGGCGUCUCAGAAAGAGUUGCGCCUCUUAUUAGACGCACAUCACAUACAGUGGGUUUCCGCUGUUUAAACAAUCUCAACCCCAUCAGAGCACAUAAAGAUAAAACGGAAUUUUUUGCGAAAAAUAAUGUAGUAUAUAAAAUCAAUUGUAAAGACUGCGACGCCUCGUAUGUGGGCGAACGACAUACUUCCGGUCGUGUCCCGGGAGUGGGUUUCCUGAAAGUGGUUUUCGGUCCACUCCCCGUCCGGGGUCAGGAUCGGCUUCUCUGGGAACUCCUCCAUUUCCCAGAACCGACGCAGGAUGGUGGACAGUUCAUCUGCCGGUUGGGCGACGUUCACGGACACCCUAAGCGAACGAAGCCUCGCUGGAGGGCAGCGCCUUCGUUAAGACCCACUCAAAGGCUAUGA